UCUCUCUCUCUUUCUCCAUCUCUCUGUCCCUCUCUCACACUUAAAAGGAGGAGCCUUUCACUUUUGUUUCUCUCAAAAAUCUCAAAUUUAAGCUUAACCCAUUGCAAAGCUUAGUCUUUUCUCUAUUUUUAAUCUGAACCCAGAAAAAUUUAGCUGCAUGUAAGCUGAUCCCAUUCAUUGGUUUCAAUAUGGAUUUGGUUGAUGGAAUGGAGUUUAUUUCUCUUGUAUCAUUUGCUUAUAUGAGUUGAGCAGUCCUGGUUCUGCUUUCAUACAAUGGGGGUUGACAAAGAAGGUUCAAAGAAUGGUGGAGGUUAUGUAGGUGGAUUUUUUCAACUAUUUGACUGGACUGCAAGAUCUCGGAAGAAGUUAUUCUCAAGCAAGUCAGAUUUUCUAGAGCAUUCGAAACAGGGAAAGAGGAGUGAUGGAAACUUACCAAUGACACAACUCCAUCUGACUGACGAGGAGGAAAUUGGAGCAAGGACAAGCAUCAAAGGAAGUAGUGAUUAUAGUUGUUCUUCCUCAGUUACAGAUGAUGAUAUGUAUGGAGCUACGGCCCCUAGUGUAGUGGCCCGGCUGAUGGGAUUAGAUUCCUUACCUACAUCUUCUGAGCCCUACUCCACGCCUUUUUUGGACACUCAAUCUCUUCGAGAUUCUCAUUUCCGAAAUAGAAACCUUAAUUAUCAUCAUGACCAGCAAAUAGUUUAUUCUGGAGAUCUGUUCAAUAAGAUGGAGGGUCCUGCUAGGAACUUUGUGGCGUCAAAGCCUCAGAAGAUAGCCAGCAAGCCUAUAGAGAAAUUCCAAACUGAAAGUUUGCCUCCUAAGGCAGCUAAAACAAUUCCAAUUACCCACCAUAAACUUUUGUCUCCUAUCAAGAGUCCUGGUUUUAUUCCUGCUAAGGAUGCUGCUCACAUAAUGGAAGCAGCUGCGAGAAUUAUCAGUCCUGGCCCCCGGGCAAUUAGUAGACCCAAAAUGCCUCUGGUUGGCUUGUCCUCAGUGCCAGUGAAAGUUCACAAUUUCAAAGAAAAAAUGGAUGCUGCACAGAAAAUGCCUCUGGUUGGAUCUUCUGUGCCCUUGAAAGUUAGAGAUUUAAAAGAGAAAGCAGAAGCUGCACAUAAAACAUCCAGGCUUGCUGAAACAACUACAAGGCCAAUCGAGUCUAAUGCUUCCAAGUAUCUUAAGGGACAUUCUUUGAACAAGAGCUGGAAUGGGUCAAUAGACACAACAUCACCCAGGACUUCUGAUACAGAAGAAAUUUCUUCUGUUUUAAAGAGUAAGGGGAAGUCUAUUUCACUUGCAAUCCAAGCAAAGGUCAAUGUGCAGAAACGAGAAGGAUUGACUUCAAGCAGCAGCCGAAGUUUGUUAGAGCAGAAAGACCAUGGUGAGGUUAAGUUGAAUCAACCAUUCAAGAGCCAACCAAGUGCUCACAAGAGUUUGCAUAAGAAAUCUUCUAUGCACAAUGCUUCUGGUGCACUCAAGCAGAACAAUCAGAAGCAAAAUUGUAGAGUGGAUAAAGAGAAAUUACCUUCCAAGCCUGUGGUUUCCAACUUGCACAGUAGAAAAAUGCACUCUGGGGAUUCUGGGCGACACAAAACAUCAGGUAAACUUUUUGGGAAUUCCAAAACUGGCUCCAGGAAGUUGGGCGUAGGUACAACAGAUAGUGAGAAAGGAGGUCCAUAUUCUGGUACAAAGAACCCAAGGAAGAAAAGAUCCAUUGAUAGGGAUUUUCAUUUUGAGAAAAAUCACGUUGUUGAUCAUGUGUUGAUUGAAAAAAAUAGGAAGGAAGACCGUGCCAUUACUGAAAGGAACUUCAGCUGGAUUGAAGAUAGCAAAAGGAAAGGCAUGGAUGUUGUCUCCUUCACAUUCACAGCCCCACUUGCUCGGUCAAUGGAAACAUCUGCUCAGAUUGCACAGAAAAAAAACAGUAUUUGCAUGGAUAAUCGAGGUAAGAGUUUGCUGCUUGACACCGAGAGUGUGAAGUUGUCUUCAUUGGGACACAAUGUGAUAAGAGGAGACGCUUUAAGUAUGCUUUUGGAACAAAAGCUUAGGGAAUUAAGUAACGCAGUCGAAUCUUCCUGCCAGAAAUCUCUCAACUCUGGAUCGGCUUCUACUUCUACAUCAUUUUCACAAGAUCUGGGCCACAGUCCUAAUGCUGUUAGUACAGUGCCCAGGUUACAUGAUAAACUGGAUAGUUGUUACAGUUCUGACCUUUCCUCCUCUGAUCUUCGACUGCUUGGAUUGAAACACAAGUUUCAGGAAGUUGAUGCGAUGGAAAGUAGCCAUCUUGAUGCUCGGCAACCUAGUCCAGUUUCUAUCCUUGAACCUUCCUUUUCAACUGAAAGCUGCAACUCUUCAGAUAGCACUGAUAGUUUCAGUAUAGAAGGAAGCAAGCAAUGUUCAUCCAUUCAACCUCAGGAAGUUCUUGGCCUCAGUUCUUUAAAGAAGUUACGCUUACUAGAAGCUGAUGCAGAGUUAUCAGAUUCAGCUUCUUCUAUAUCUUCUGGAACUGUGGCUAAAAGUAAUCAAAAUAUUGCUGUUAUAUCGGAUCUCACAAAAUCUGUCAACUGGGAACUAGAAUAUGUGACGCUGAUACUGUGUAAUGUGGAAUUAAUGUUCAAGGACUUUGCCAUAGGCCGUGCUUGUGAAAUUAUAAAUCCUCAUCUUUUUGAUCAGUUGGAAAGCCGGAGAGGAGGAUUUGGAAGCACUGGUGGGGACUCUAGGAUAGAAAGGAAGGUACUAUUUGAUUCAGUCAGUGAAUGCUUAGACUUGAGAUGCAGGCGGUAUGCGGGUGGGGGAUGCAGAACUUGGGUGAAGGGGAUGACAAUUCUGAGAAGAAAUGAAUGGUUAGCUGAACAAGUGUACAAGGAGAUAUCAGGGUGGAGAGGCAUGGAAGGUUGUAUGGUGGACGAGCUUGUCGACAAUGACAUGAGCAGUCAAUAUGGAAAAUGGCUAGACUUUGAAGUUGAUGCAUUUGUACUUGGAGCAGACGUUGAGGGUCAAAUACUGGAUGCUUUGCUUGAUGAGGUGGUUGCUGAAAUCUUGCCAUUUUAAAUGCCUUCAGCUUUGUCAGUGGAGAUGAGCUUGUGGACAAGCACAUGGAAAAUGGCUGGGGCUUUAAAGUUGAUGGUGCAGCAUUUGUAAUUGGGGAUAAUGAGGGUCAAAUAUUGCUUUGGUUGCUGAGUUGACUGUCAAAAAUAGAUCAUAUUAACUGUCAAAAAAUUACUAGUAAAAUUCUUUAGUUACAUAUGUAUUUGGUGUCAAAUUCUGAUUUUGCAAAAAAAAAGUCAAAUUCAAACUUCCAUGACAAUUAUUACUAUAUAUACGAAGUUUUAAAAGAUAAUCCACUGUCUAGUGCCUAUAAAAGUUUAUUUGUAAUUGCUCACCAUAAAAUGUGCUGAGCAACUUUAACGGUUUCAACUUCCUACCGUUUUUGUGGAUUUAAUGAGAGCCUCUCCUUCUAGUCCAGCUUCACCAUUGCCACCACCAGGCCAACCACCACAACACCCUGUCUGCAUCAUCCCAUAAUUCCCAUUGAUCAUGACUUCUCUGAAAACAAACUUCAGCUUCAUUAAGAUCCCAAUCAACCCACUCUUCUUCAAACCAUGAAUUCAGUACCUGUGAACGACACAUCUGCAAAUGAUCUCCAGAACUCCCACAAUUUGGUCUGUUUUUCUUGGACCAUGACACCAUUUUCUUCCUUUAUGUCAAAGCAAUCAUCCUAACUUUGGACCAAAUGUUUUUCUUUCCCUCAUAACUCCACCUAGAAAAACCCAGAAAAAAAAAAG